AUGGUAGAAUCAAAAACAGCAACAAUAGCUGAUUGUUUCGUUGAAUAUAUAAAAUUAGCUAUUGCAAUUAAUCAAAUACCCAAUGAAAAUAUUCUAAAAAACAAUAUCAUUAACAUAUUCAAUCAAUACCCACUCUCAAAUAAUCAAGAAAUCACUUUAUUGGAAAUUGUUGAACAGGCGAAUAAUACUCUUACAAUUUCGGAUAUUAUUGAUCUUACCAAAUUAUCACUUGAAACUGACAGUCAAUUGUGA